UCAUUGAGCUAACAGCUUGGCUUUCUUUCGGUCCACAAUUUUAACACCAUUUUUCUUCGGCUCGCCGAUGAUAAUGCUCUGAAGUCUGAACCCUAUUCUCUCUGCGCGUAUCUAGCUGAGCUCAGUCGGCGAUGGACGCCAUGCUCUCAAAUGCAACUUUAUUUCCAAGACCAACCCACCUUCCGGUUUGUACAGUUACCUCGACCUCUAAUUCUGCAGCCACUUCUUUCGCGCCCAUCUCCUCCAAGAAGCCCUACUUCGCGUCUCGAAGUCAAAGAAGAGCACCGCGCUCGCGCAGGUCCAGUAAUUCCUCUACAGUUGGUAAAUUUUCAAUAACUUGUGCUGGUAUUACGGAGAUAAACGAGAGCCAGUUCUCUGACACGGUCUUGAAAUCGGACCGGCCGGUUCUCGUGGAGUUCGUCGCCAAUUGGUGCGGUCCCUGCCGCUUGAUCGCUCCUGCUAUAGAAUGGGUCGCCCAGGAAUAUAGAGACAGGUUGACGGUUGUAAAAAUUGAUCAUGAUUCGAACCCAAAACUAAUUGAAGAGUACAAAGUUUAUGGAUUGCCAGCUUUGAUCCUCUUCAAGAAUGGGCAGGAAGUUCCAGAAAGCAGGAGGGAAGGUGCAAUUACAAAAGUGAAGCUUAAGGAAUAUUUGGAUGCUUUGUUGGGGUCAAUAUCAGUUUCAUAGUCGGCUAAAAAUCUUGCUUGCCGAAUGCCCUAAUUCUUUCAUAUUUCAGAUGUGUCGGAAAUUGUGCAUAUGGACAUUUGCUUCCUUUACUUUAUCUCUUCUUCUAAUCCUUUGUAACAGUAACAGAGUGUAUAAUUUAAGCAGUUAAGAACAGGGUAUUUCAUUACCCUGUGAGCCUUUAAUUUUU